AUGUCGACGACCACAGGGGCCUUCAUUGCUGGCGGCAUUGCAGCAUGCGGAGCGGUCACUGUCACCCAUAGUUUCGAAACCGUGAAGAUUCGGCUGCAAUUGCAAGGAGAGUUACAAUCUAAAGCCGAUCAAGCCAAAAAAUACCGGGGUGUGCUCCACGGCAUUAAGGUUAUUCUGCAAAAUGAGGGUCCUCGGGGACUGUUUCGGGGAAUUGGCACUGCGUACAUCUACCAAGUCCUGCUCAACGGCUGCCGGUUAGGGUUCUACGAACCCCUGCGCACUGGCGCCACGAAGGCCAUUUAUAAAGAUCCCAACGUUCAAUCUCUCGGAAUCAACGUCUUCGCUGGUGCUGCGUCAGGCAUCAUCGGUGCCGCUUUCGGUUCUCCUUUCUUCCUCGUCAAAACUCGCCUCCAAUCCUACUCUCCUUUCCUUCCUGUCGGCACACAGCACCAAUAUCGUCACGCAUUCGAUGGAUUGAGCCAAAUAUAUAGAUCGGAAGGUGUGGGUGGUUUGUACCGUGGCGUUGGUGCUGCUAUGGUGCGGACUGGUUUCGGAAGCUCCGUUCAGCUGCCCACUUACUUCUUCGCUAAGCGGCGUCUGAUGAGACACCUGGGUAUGGAAGAAGGCCCUGGCCUGCACCUGGCCAGUAGCACAGCGUCUGGAUUUGUUGUCGCAUGUGUUAUGCACCCUCCUGAUACAAUUAUGUCGAGAAUGUACAACCAGACGGGCGACCUCUACAAGGGCGUGUUCGACUGUCUGUCUAAGACGGUCAAGGCCGAAGGUAUUUUCGCCAUUUACAAGGGCUUCUUUGCUCACUUGGCCCGUAUCUUGCCUCACACCAUCUUGACCCUAAGUUUGGCCGAACAAACCAACAGACUGAUGCGCCGGGUUGAGGACCGGUUCCUUUCCGACGAUCUCAAAUCUCGACUGUAA